AAACAAUGUUUUGCGUUGCGCGGAACCGUCGGCGAGCCCUCUCCCCUCUCGUCCCCUCGUCCUCUCUCGCCCCCCGUGCGAACCGAGGAUUUGUUAAAUAUCGAGCGCGUCUAGCUAGUACCGUGGCCAAAAUGGCCGGCGUUUAGUCGUCCUUUAGUUCGCGUUUAAAAUCGAGCUGGCUUUAACUCGGCUGGUUCGAGGCCGUUCCUCGCUCGCGUCACCGUCGAUCUCAUCCGCCCCGUAUUGAAGAGGCCGCUUUCUCGAAGAGAGGGGCUCGCGUUUUUCAAACGAGGGCGCGUGUGCCUUCCGCAGAGAAAAUCCGAAGAUGCCCCGGGGAGAGCGCGAACGCUCGGAGAAUCGUCCAAAUUCAAACUUCGCGAAACGCGUCCCGCGAGAACCAGGUGUAUAAACCGAACUUAAAACACGAGACCUUGAUGUAACGAAAGUUUACGUUAAUCGUUUCGACGAAUCCCCCCCGAGACAGCUGCCGCGCACUGUAAGAGCAACGAUUCGUGAAGCACGUGAAUAUGCGCGAAAAAACAUUAGUCGAGGUACAAUCGGAGGAAAAGCGGAAUUACGUCCGAAUAAACGUGCGGCGACUUCCGUGAGACAGACGACGCAUCGGUAAACAGCUGACUGUUCUAAAGCCGCGGUUAAACAAGCAAACCGCACUGCCACGAAACAGAGGCGACGAGCACGUGUAACGAGACGUUUGUACGCACGAUCGGACGAAGGCGAAUUAAUCUCUCGAAUUAGACCGAGCAGCCAGCCGACUUUCUAGUUGUUCGAGGUGAGCGAUGGAGGGUGAGAACGCGCGUAGUUGCCGGGGAAGCGUGUCUUCGGAAACGACGACGACGGUGUUGCUGAAGAAGCGGGAGAGGACGCAGAAUUGGGUGCCCGAGGAGAAGAACGCCCUGUUCGCUCUGAUCAAGCUGCACGUGAGCGCGAUCGAGAACAAGAAGAUCGACCAGGCGGCGUCCACGAGGAAGGCCCUCGCCUGGCAGCAGAUCUACUCCGCGUUUCGCGGCAGAUUCACCGCGGACCGGGACAUCGUGCGGAUAAAGGAACAGUGGCGGCGGAUGAAGGCGCAGGCGAGAAUUGAAAUGUACACGUACGCCGAGAAGGUGCGAACUCUGGGACCGGAUGUGGCCACCAAGUCUCGACCGUCGGGUCUGUCGGUCGAGGUGUGGAGGCUGAUGGAAAGCGUACGGCGAAACGAUCGCGACGCCGAGCGUUCGGACGACAGUAGCAGUCAAGAAACCCACGAGAACCGGACGACAAGUCGGGUGUCCGCGAUACACGCCAUCUUGGACAAUUUGACACUGCCUGCGACGCUGGAAACGUCAGUGGCAGGGCACGAAGUAAAGAUCGAGAUCAACAGCGAUACUUACAAUACGGAGGACGAGAACAGCCAUAGUGAAUCUGCACCAAAAUCGUCGCCAGGUGUCUCGCCAAGGAAACGCCCGAGAACGACGACGUCGGGGACAGAGGACGAACAUAUAGAAUGUCUUGAGCCGAAAAUCGUGCAUCCCAAUAGCGGCCUGACGUCCCGUGUCAAUGAUGAGGCGGAAUACAAUGCAAAGAAUGAAUCGCUCGUCGACAAGAGCGACGUAGGGCGACAGCGAGCGAUGUGGAUCUGCAAGUCGACCCAGCGUGAGCAUGAGAUCAAGCUGCGGAUGUUGCAGAUCGAGCUGGAGCGCGCUGAGCUGCAGAAGCAAACCGCCGUGAACGAGUUAAAGACGUCUGAAAUCAAGAGACAACUGAUCGAAAGCCAAGCUGCAGAGUAUUUCAGGUCGUUACACCAAUACUCGAUACAUGCCCGCUGAAUAGAUCGGUACUUACGUCGAUCGAGAUUCCGGUCGAAACGUUCGAUCCGAUUGAGUCCUCGAAGGAUUGUAAACGUCUUUGAACGGUUAAUACACUUCGAGAUAUUUUGUAGUAUUAUGUUGACGAUGCACUCGUCUCUAUUCGCGACAAUUUCAAGUACUCGAUGUACGCGUCUCCGAUAGAGUUGAUAACCUGGUGAAAAAUUAUCCAUAUAUAAUUUUAUGUAAUUAUAUAAAAUCAUGGAAAUGGAAAUAUAUCUAAAAUUAUGUAUAAUUCCUUAUGAUUAUAUAUAAUUAUAUGCACAAUUCGCGUUUAAAGGAACCAGGCAGUAUAAUUAUCCAUAGAUCGUGCAAAAUUAUAUCUUUAUAUGAUUUUAUAUGGUCAUAUAUGAUUAUGUAUAAUUAUAUAUGGAAAAUAUUUUACAAGAAAUAUACGACGCCGCGUUAACUCGUUAUUAAUUAUCAUUAUUCCUCUCAAUUGCUUUCCCUUAUAAUAAUUUACGGUAUACGAUAAUUGUAUCAAUUGUGACCUUCAAUAAUGGCUAAGUUGCGAUCGCUUCGCCGCAUUCUCUGCGUUUCUAAUUUCUUUCUUCUUUCAACAGCUUUAUAACGACUUCUAAUUAUUUGCUUUGCAGUGUUGUAAUUGGGCGUUAGUUAAUGUGCAGUUAUGAUGUCGCUCAUAAUGAUUUGCACAUUUCGUAAUUGCGUUAAUUGCAAUACCGACGCAGAGA